AUGGCCACCACAGACAACAACAUCAAGAAAAACCAAAACGACUAUAACACACCAUGUCUGUUUCUGAACACACAAAUUGGGAUCUCUGGACACAUCCAUCGCCUCUUAGCAGGAUCUAUGGCAGGGAUGACUGCGGUGAUCUGCACUUACCCUCUGGAUGUGAUUCGAGCCCGACUGGCCUUCCAGGUGACAGGAGAUCAUCGCUACUCUGGAAUUCUUGACGUCUUCCGCUCCAUCUUUCACUAUGAGGGAAUCGGGGGCUUUUAUAGAGGGCUGACACCAACACUUAUUGGGAUGGCACCUUAUGCAGGUCUUUCCUUCUUUACCUUCGGCACCCUGAAGAGCCUUGGCUUGAAGCAUUUCCCUGAGCAGCUGGGACGCUCCUCGUCAGACAACCCCGACGUCCUUGUACUGAAAACCCACAUCAACCUUCUCUGUGGAGGGGUUGCUGGUGCCUUUGCUCAGACCAUCUCCUAUCCUUUAGAUGUGGCAAGGAGAAGAAUGCAGUUAGGUACUGUGCUUCCUGACUCUGAUAAAUGUGGAUCACCUAUCAAGACUCUAAAGUACGUGUAUCAGCAGUACGGGAUCAAGAGGGGACUGUACCGAGGCCUCUCUCUCAACUACAUCCGCUGCAUCCCGUCCCAGGCCAUGGCCUUCACCACAUACGAGUUCAUGAAGCAAGUCCUCCACCUCAACUAGUCUUCUGGGCCUGCACGCUGUGAUCGAUCAACCGCAGUGUUACACUGGCACGUCUUGGUCCUCUUCAAGU